AAAAAGAAAACAAGAAAAUUCCAAUUUCGCAUCAAAAUGGAUUUUCUAUUUAAAAAUAUUUAUUAAAAACCAAAAAAUUGUUAAUAAAAACAUUCUACAUUUCUUAGACGUACCUCAUAUAUUAUACAAAAUGAGGGUUACAAAAUAUUUCGAAACAUUUAUGCGUAAAAACAAGAACGCCGACGAACAUUGGUGCACUUAUAUGUUCUUCGUCGUUCUUCGAUUAGUUUUGGUUUUCAUUCCACAACUUGGUUACGUUCAUCCCGAUGAGUUUUUUCAGUCGACAGAAAUAUUUAUUGGCGAGCAUUUCCAACUGGAGCACAUCCGCAGCUGGGAAUUCAACAGCACAUUCCCUCUACGCAGCGUUGCUGUCUCCCUGAUUACCCUAAAAAUCCCUCUAAAUCUCCUCGAGAUAAUUGCCGUCAAUUUGCGAGGAUUCUUUGGAAUUGACAUUAUUUGUAGUUACACUUAUUUGGUGUUUCCUCGGCUGGUUAUGUGCAUUCUUUCGUUUGUGAACGAUUGGAGUUUGUACAAAGUCUGCCAGUUGUACUCCCUGCGCUAUGAAAUCCGCCUGUUGGCUCUGGGUAGCUCUCAUGUCAUGUUGAUCUUCGGCACUCGGACAUUCUCGAAUUCCAUAGAAAUGGCCAUAUCCUCCGUCCUGUUGUAUCUGGUGGCCGAAUGCAUGAUUCAUUCGAAUACCGUGAUCUACAAAAAAGAGUUCCUCGAGGAGCGCUACGAGAAAGCCGAUUCGAUAGGGGAGCGAGUGAAGAUUUGGAAAUUGAAAAACGCCCUCCCGCCGCACAACUACAACCGCCUUCUGCUAAUGUCAACUCUCUGCGUAGCUGGCGUCUUCAAUCGUCCGACCUUUCUGCUAUUCGGAGCCCCUAUGGUCUUCUAUUGGAUGCUCAGGGGGAUGGGUACUAAAUCUGUAAGUUUCAAGCACUUCAACUUGCGAAUGGCUCUAUUUUGUCUGUCCGCUGUUCCUGCGACAUUGCUCUUCACAAUUAUCGACUCUUUCUACUACAAGUACCUAACCAUGGGCGAGCUGCACAUGGUCCAAAUUGGAAUCAAUAAUUUCGUCUUCACUCCAUGGAACUUCAUCAAGUACAACAUCGAUCCGACCAAGACCGCCCAACACGGGCUGCAUCCACGGUACAUCCAUCUUUUGGUCAACAUUCCGCUGCUCUACAACAUUCUGGGAGUAAUCGCCCUGGUUGCCUUCGGCCAGCAGAUGCUGCGCUUCUUCAAGGCAGAGUACCAAGGUCUCCCUAGAGCCCAAUCGAUCGUGGGCCUGAUGUCGGCGGCAAUCUUUGCUCCUGUGUUCUUUAUGUCACUGAUCAAUCAUCAGGAGGCGCGCUUUCUCAUUCCAUUCACAUUCCCCAUUGUUCUGCUGCAUUCCCCCAAACUUGUCACAGGCUUCUGCACGUCCUAUCCCUUCAAGGAGGAACACCCGUUCCUACGAUUCGUGUACGAGAAAUUCCUAUGCAGUCGGGCGAGUGCCAGAUACCUCCUGAAGACCUGGUACACCCUCAACAUCGCCUUAGUGAUCUUCUUCGGAUUCAUCCAUCAGUCUGGGGUCUUCCCUCUGGCACAGCACUUUGAGACGUCCAUGCAGACUAAGGCGCCGAACGAAAACCUCCACCUGAUCACCUCCCAUGUGUAUAGCUUCCCACUUAGCUUCGUCAACAUUCCCAGUUCCGGAUUGGUUCGAGUGAAUCGACACACCGGACAGAAGUACCGCCACAGAAAAGAUUUCUAUCUCUACGAAUACGGCAGCACAGACCUCUCCAAGUUGAUUCUCAAGCUCAAAAUCAUCCUCAAUCACUGCGAAACCAAACAACAAACGCAGAAGCUAAAGUAUCGCCUAUAUCUGGCGAUUCCCGCCAGUUUGACUGACCAACUGCAUGAAGUUGCAUACAAGUCCAACAUGACUUCGAUCGAUUAUGAAUUGAUCAAGGUGUUCUAUCCUCAUCUGUCGACAGAGGCUUUGCCAAAUCCAUUCGGUCGACAUCCCUGCGAUUUGAAUACACCAAUAGAUGAUCUCAAAGGAACUUGUCAGGUGCCAGCCUCCUUCCAGGCAAAGGACGAUUUCCUGUCGAUGGCUUAUUUGAGUAGACAAUUUUCGGCGUUUGCUCAUCAAUUCGGAUUGGCCUUAUAUAAGUUUGAAAUUAAACAUAAUAAAAGAAUUUAUUAAUUGAAAUCAAACUGACGCACACACUUCAAAAAUAAAAUGGUGCGGAAAGUGAAGAAGAAAAAUAAUUCAAAAACGAAGCAUUGAAAUUUAAAACAAAUCUAGUCUGUAAAUUUUAAGGAAAUAAGAAACGUAUUUUAAAGGUUUUUGCA